GCACAAAAGCGAAUAAAAAACACAACAGUAAAUCUGUUCCUCUCCUUCGCUUCAACUCAAGCAUCCGCACGUGUUGGAUAAAACCAUUGAACUCCACCGGUGUCUCACGCCCGCUGGAACAUUUUUGCAACUUCACCAGUUACAUCUCGCCGUUGCAGCUCGUGGGUUUCGAUCGUUAAUCGCUAAGCUCGCCCGCUUUGCUUCCGCAGAGAUUUUCGAAUUCGACGUCGUUUUUGUGCUCCAUUUGCUCGAAAAAAUAGGUCUAGGGGUUUUGUUCGUAUGGUUGAUUCUUGUGCUUACAUUUGUGAACGACGACUACUUUCUAAGCAGUGCGCUAGAAUUUGGUUGAAUUUGCUAUGCAGUAAAUAAAUAGGCUGUGCUGUGUAGCAAAGCUUAUUGCUUGGAGGGUUUUUUUCGAAAAUUAGGCAUAAAUUCGGGGCGAAUAUUUGGGUCGAACAUGGAUUCGAUGCCGGAAGCCGCCGCUGUAGUUCCAGGUGCAGUGUUAAUCCCAGUGCGCUUUGUGUGGAGACAUGGUGGUAGCCGUGUGUAUCUAUGUGGAUCUUUCACACAGUGGUCUCAGCUUGUGCCGAUGUUGCCGGUAGAGGGUAGCGAUAAUGUGUUUCAGACUGUUUAUGGCUUAAUGCCCGGAUACCAUCAGUACAAAUUUUGUGUUGAUGAACAAUGGCGAAAUGAUGAGUCCCAACCUUACGUGACUGGCGAAUAUGGUGUCGUGAACACUCUACUUUUGGCUACGGAUUACAUGGAUGUUGAUAAUGAAGCCUUUCGGCGUAUGGGUGCUGAUUUACAAUGCAGGCCCGAGUUACAGAUGGUCCACUGCCUGAGGUGGUGCCAAGUGUAUCGGAAGCUGAUUUACAGGCAUCCCGUCAACGUAUUUCUGUAUUUUUGUCUACUCACACUGUUUAUGAGUUACUUCCUGAGUCAGGUUUUUGCCUUGGACGUUGAUUUACCCGUGAAGCAAGCAUUUCACAUGCUGCAUGAGCAGGGAAUCCCUAUGGCUCCUCUUUGCGACUUCGCCCGGGGGCAAUUUGUUGGAGUUCUUAGUGCAUUGGAUUUUAUUUUAAUAUUAAGAGAGCUUGGGAGUCACGCGUCAAAUCUGACGGAGGAAGAGCUUGAAACGCAUACUAUAUCUGCUUGGAAAGAGGGAAAAGCGUAUCUCAACAGACAAAAUGAUGGUCGUGGAAGAGCAUUUCCUAGACAUCUCAUCCAUGCUGGUCCAUACGAUAAUAUGAAAGAUGUUGCUCUCAAGAUCCUGCAAAAUGAGGUGGCCACAGUUCCCAUUAUCUAUUCAUCUUCAGAAGAUGGAUCAUUUCCACAGUUAUUACAUCUUGCUUCUCUUUCUGGAAUUCUAAAAUGUAUUUGUCGAUAUUUUAGACAUAAUGCAAGCUCAUUACCCAUACUACAACUGCCAAUUUGUACAAUUCCUGUGGGCACAUGGGCUCCAAAAAUUGGAGAAUCAAACCGGCGGCCGUUAGCAACAUUGAGACCAAGUGCUUCUCUUAGUUCAGCAUUAAAUCUGUUAGUUCAAGCUCAAGUCAGUUCAAUACCAAUAGUUGAUGACAAUGACUCGUUACUGGAUAUAUAUUGUCGGAGUGAUAUAACAGCUUUGGCUAAAGACAGAGCUUAUACACAUAUUAAUCUUGAUGAAAUGACAAUUCACCAGGCAUUGCAGUUGGGACAAGACUCGUACUCUUCUUAUGAGCUGAGAAGUCAAAGAUGUCAAAUGUGUUUGCGCACUGAUUCAGUGCAUAAAGUGAUGGAGCGAUUGGCAAAUCCAGGUGUCAGACGGCUUGUCAUUGUGGAGGCUGGCAGCAAGCGAGUGGAAGGCAUUGUUUCUCUCGGCGACAUUUUCAAGUUCUUGCUUGGCUAAUAAUAAUAUCCAAGGCAAUGACUGAAGAUAUAACGCGGAGGGGUUAGUGCGAAAAUCUUUUAGCAUUUAUGAUGUUUGUGGGCACCAUCACCUGCUCAGCCGUUCCAUAGAGACUCCAUUGGUUUACACGAUGACUGGAUCUCGUUUCACUGAAAUAUAAAAAAAUUCGAUUGGCAAUUGGAUUGGACUCUUGCUUCAACGCCUGCUUUUUUAGGAUUUUAGGCUAAAGAAAGAGAGGGUGUAGAUUGAGAGGAUUUGAUUCUCUCCCAAAUUUGUUCAUCUUUCCCCCCUGUCCAUAUUGUUUUAUCAUUUACAUUAUUUAGAUGCAUAUUUAAUGGGGAGGAGCGUGGCGCUUGUAAUAUUCCAAUGCUGCAAGCAAAUGAAGUAAGAAAGUGUGAAAGAGACGGGGAGGAUGGAUACUGAUUACUGAAUGAUUAAAGUUAUUGUGUUAAGAAGCUUCAUUAACCUGUCAA